UGGUCCACAGGAAGACAACACAAGAGUUAAAGCCAAAACUUGCUGAAGAAGUCCAACUACAACCAUUAGAUCAGAGAGAAGUCUUUUAGUUACAUUCAAUGGCAGGGAAAAUCUUGGAAAUUUGUAGCCUCAGGAGCUGUUUUCAGAUCCACAGGGAUAAAAGAGGCAGAGCUAGCAGGUGAUUUGACCUAAUGAGACUAACCACCUGUUAGUCAUCACAUGAGCUGUCUGAGUCCUGACUUCUGACAACAUGUUGCAUCUGCUCCUCACUGCUCUUCUGUUUGCUGAGUCCGCUACAAAUGUCGACUCCAGUCCUUUACCGGAAGCUGAAAAAGAUUCUCCAGAUGACUGGAUCUCCAGGACGGCACAUUACAUGGAGUCUAACCCAGAGACUUUACACGAGCUGAUGUCUGAUAACAUUGCAGUAAUGGAGGGAGACAUGGUGUUGCCGGAUGACAGGAAUGCGGUGGACAGCAUCUGGCCAACACCAGAGAUCCCGUACAAAAUCCGCCCAGAGUUAGCCGGUCGGAAAGACGCCAUCCUCUCUGCUAUGGCGAUGCUGUCCAAACCCACCUGUGUGUCCUUCCACAAGCGAACCUCGGAGUCCAACUACCUGCUCUUCAAAGUCAGCACAGGUUGUGCGUCAUGCGUGGGCUUCGUCGGCGGAGAGCAACCCGUGUUCAUCGGCCCAGCAUGCACUGUGGGAAACAUCGCCCAUGAGAUUCUUCAUUCUCUGGGCUUCUACCACGAACACACGAGGGCAGACCGCGAAAAGUACAUCACAGUUCUUCCCUAUAACAUUAUGGAAGGGAUGAAGAAAAACUUUGAGGUGCGACGAGGAAAAACCUUUGAUCUGGGUUACGACGUAGGUUCAAUCAUGCACUACGGAAGUCGUUUUUUUUCAGCUAAUGGCCAUGCCACCAUCCUACCCAAAAGUGGUGUGAAGGACAUGGGACAGAGAGUUAAAUUGACGAACACGGACAUCAUGAAAAUUCAACUUCUCUACAGCUGUGAUGUCCAGAAAAAGAUGGAGAAGGAAAUCAGUGGUGGUAACAAAAAUGGGGAUAAAAACGUGCCUCAGUUGGUGACGCCUGCCAACGUGACGCCUACCAUCACGGCUUACAGCAGAGGGCAAGUUUCUGCCAACGAACCGGAGAAGGUUCCCACAUCUACUGCUGCCUGUCCAUCCUGUUCCCCGCAGCACCCGAACCUUGCCACUAGAGGUCACAAUAACACCAGCAGAAACUACUACUAGAUCAGCUUUUACUUAUUACUAAAACCCAUAAUAUACAUCCCACGUUUGGCUUCACAUGACUUCAGGCAGUUAUGUACGUUUUUAUCUCAUUGUUGAAAUAAAAGAAGGCUACUUUUCCAAA